AUGUAUCAAGCUGUAGCAAGCUCAUCAGGGAAAAUAUGGUCUUUCAUUGAUGAGAUGGUGGAGUGUACUUUGGUGGAGAGAUUGAUGUUAUGGGAUUCAAUGGAGGACAUAACUCAUUUAAUUCAGGACCCAUGGGUAGUAGCAAGAGAUUUUAAUGUAAUUGUAAGUAAAGAAGAAAAACUUAGGGGUCUUCCAGUUACUAUGGCUGAAACUGAAGAUUUUAAGCAUUGUAUAAACCUUUUGUGGUUUGGAGGAUACAGGGUUCAAGGGAAGUUUUUGAAUAUGUGGUUGAAGGACAAGAAAUGCUUGGAAGUGAUAAAGGACAACUGGGAUACUGAGGAAAUUGCAACACUAGAAGAGGUUAUCAAAGAAAGGGAGAAACAAUUUGAAGAGAAUCCAUCAGGUCAGAAUAGGCAGACUCUCUUUAAAGCUCAAGCUGACCUGAACUUGACACUAAAAAGGGAAGAAGAAUUUUGGAGGCAGAAGGCUGGAUUCGAUUGGUUUAAACACAGGGAAAGAAACACUAAGUUCUUUCAUGAAGUGGUAAAAGGAAGAAGGAGUAGACUGAAAGUUUUUAGGAUUCAAGAUGAUAGAGGGGUCUGGCAUCAGGAAGAAAAGAGGAUUCUUAAUGUGGUCAUCAAGCUUGACAUGAUGAAAGCUUAUGAUAGAGUAGAAUGUCUGUUUCUUAUAAAGGUACUAAGAAAGAUGGGAUUUAGUGAGCUUUUUAUAGGCAUGGUGUACAGGCUAGUGGAAAAUAUUUGGUAUUCUGUGUUGAUAAAUGGACAACUACAAGGUAUUAACAUUAAUGAACCAAGCAUCAGAGAAAUAAUCAUAAAAUGGUGGAAUACAGGAGAUAUUGGAGUAGCUAAAGCUUACUAUUAA